UCGCCGUCCUAGAUAAUGACCCACAUGACACGGAAACGUCGGAAUGUGCUUUUAGAUUAAAAUGUUCUAAAUUGUGCCCCCGUAGAGAAUUUUGAAUGAGCUUGCAAUUGCUAAAGUACAUAUUACCUGUGUCCUUUCUGGUCAUAAGGAAUUUACAUGCCAUGGCUUCUGAGAUGAAAUAUGUACAUUAUGAGAAAGGUGGUGCAGAGAACCUGUCUGUACAAACAACAAAUAUUCCAGCGCUGAGGGAGAGAGAAGUUUUAGUAAAAGUGUUUGCUACAGCUGUUAAUCGUGCAGAUACAAUACAGAGGAAGGGUUUUUACCCACCGCCACCUGGGGAAAGUGAGAUACUUGGGUUGGAAGCUGCUGGCACUAUAGAGAAAAUAGGCUCAGACUGUACUGGGUCCUGGAAAGUUGGUGAUAAAGUUAUGGCUUUAUUAACAGGUGGAGGAUAUGCUGAGUUUGUUGCUUUACCGGAAGACAUGUUGUUAAUGGUUCCCAAUACAAUGAAGUUUUCUACAGCGGCUGGUAUUCCGGAAGUCUGGCUUACAGCAUAUCAACUCUUGCAUAUUGCAGGUGAGCUUGAGAAAGGGGACACAGUAUUAAUCCAUGCUGGUGGAAGUGGGGUAGGAACAGCUGCAGUUCAGCUGUGUGUACUGGCGGGGUGUAAACCUAUUGUGACAGCAGGUUCAGAGUCCAAGCUUCAGAUGGCCAAGGAACUUGGUGCUGUAGCUGGCUUCAAUUACAAGGAAGGAGACUGGAGUGAAAAGGUGUUGGAAUUCACACAAGGAAGAGGUGUAGAUCUGAUACUGGACUGUAUCGGUGCCUCAUAUUAUGAACAGAAUAUGAAAUCAGUCCGUACAGAGGGAAGAUGGGUCCUCUAUGGCUUACUAGGAGGAGGAACUAUCAGUGGAGAUGUGUUUAGUCAGAUGUUGAGAAAACGUAUCAGAAUUACUGGAACUACUUUAAGGGCUAGAAAAUUACAAUACAAAAAGAAUGUGACGGAUGGCUUCACUAGGGAUUGUCUGCCCUUGUUUAAGGAUGGUUCCCGGCCUGCUUUGAAGCCUGUCAUUGACACUAUAUUCCCAUUCAACAAGGCAGCUGAUGCUCACAGAUACAUGGAAGCUAACAAAAAUACUGGGAAAAUUAUUCUGCAGAUACGAGAUGAAAUAUCGGGUCAAACUAUACAUGAUGAAUUGUGAUCAUGGUUGUUGUAUAGGUCUAUGAUAAACCUGUGAUAUACAAAAUUAUGUUUUGUGGUAAUUGGGAGUUUAGUCAGAAUGUUAAAAUAAUUUGUGAAGGACUGUUGCAUUGAAUGAAACUGUGGCCAUAUUGAUUGAUGCAGUUAAUAAAUUUGUCAGUGUAUGGGCAAUUCUCACCAAUUGAACUGGUCAUGGGAACACAAAUUCUAAAGAAUAAAUAUUGGCCUAAUGAAAUUUUUAUCCUGAAAGUAGUAAGUUAACACUUGUUAAAUUAUUGUCCCCCCGACACCACCCCUCAACAACGAAGUUGUAGGGGGGUAUACUGGUUGCAGGUUGUCUGUCAAUCUGUCCUUAGACACAAUCUUGUGCGCACCAUCUCUCCUCAUCCCCUUGACACAAUUUAACCUUUACCCUGCUAAAUUUCUAAAAUGGACUGGUCCAUCAUUCAGUUUGGGCAGUACCAUUUAUUAUUCAAAGGGUUGUUUACUGAAAAUUUACUGACCGAAUAGUGAACACUGCAGACUAUGAUCAGCCUGCACGAACAUACGGGCUGAUAUUGGUCUGCACUGGUGGCAAAGGCAAACUCACUUGCCACCAGCAGGCUAAAGGUUAAUGAAACUUCACACAAAUGAUCAGUAACAACAGUAGUUGUGCACUGGGCAUGUUAGGUUCUUUCAGAAAAAAAAUUGCAGAGUUACGGGACUUUGAUUUUUGUUACUACACUAUAUACCUAGUGUCUGCAUAUGCAAUCUUGUGCAUGCCUAAUCUCCUGAACCCAAGCACAUAAUUUAAUGAAACUUCACACAAGUGAUAAGUAACAACAGUAGUUGUGCAUGGUGCAUAUUAGGUUCUUCAGAAAAAAAAAUCUGCACAGUUAUGGGACUUUGAUUUUUGUUACUAUAUUGAAUACAGUCAUACAGUCUGCAUAAUUAUGCAAUCUUGUGGGCGCCUAAUCUUCCGAACCCUUGUACACAAUUUAAUGAAACUUCACACAAGUGAUUAGAACCAAACCUAGUUGUACAUGGUGCAUGUUACGUUCUUUUAGAUAAAUAUUCUGCAGAGUUAUGGGACUUUGUUUUUUGUUACUAUACUAUAUACGUACAGUUCAUAUAAUUAUGCAGUCUUGUGUGCGUCAAAUUGCAAUGUACUGUGUCAGCAAGUGAGGUGGGUACAUUCAUCACCUUUAGGGAUAGCACUAGUUUUCUUUAGUGGCUUCUUAAAGAGCAGCUUCUUUAUGGAUUACAUUUUUGGAUUAUUUUUUGUUACUAUACUAUAUACGUACAGUUCAUAUAAUUAUGCAGUCUUGUGUGCGUCAAAUUGCAAUGUACUGUGUCAGCAAGUCAGGUGGGUACAUUCAUCACCUUUAGGGAUAGCACUAGUUUUCUUUAGUGGCUUCUUAAAGAGCAGCUUCUUUAUGGAUUACAGAUUUCAAAGAUUAAAAGACUGGGAAUAAAUCAGUAAGGAUUUGAUUUCCUUGAUGCAACCAAAAUUAAUGUUACAUUGAAAAUCAAUGAAAACUAAAGCUGUCACUAAAGGCGAUUAAUACCUCCAGACAUCACUUUGAUACAGGGAAAGUGAACUGUUGUGAUCAGGACAUUUGACCUUUAAGUGUGACCUUGACCUUGGAUGUAGUGACCUGGGUUGUGUAUUCUGCAGGUUGUCUUAAUGAGGGCAAAAACUGAUACUAGUUUUAUGAAAAUCCUUCCUUGGGUUAAAGGGCAAGGAAUGCCUGAAUAUAAGUUAAUUUGACAUGAAAAGCAACUUCAAGCUUGUCAUAACACUGAAAGAAUUUUUAAAAUCGGAUCACUAUUGAAAAAGAUAUGGCAGUUUAAAAUUUAAGAAAAUGGCUGAUCAUGGAUGCAGCCAUUUUAGUGUGUUUGUGACGUCAUUUACACACUGCUGAAUUCUUUAUUUAGCAAAUUAUCUUUUAAAUAGAUUAAUCUUAUAUGUUUCUUGAGUGCGAGAUGUAAAACAUGGUAAUUUCUCUCAUUAUAGCUAGAUAAAAUAGAGAAAUUAUUUUACAGAAAUGUUAAAGUACUGUAAACCUAGAAAUGGUUUCGCGCUAUUUAAGUUAGUGACUUUCGCGGUUGAUAUGUAUCCGUGUCAUUUUGUAGCCGUGAACCAGCCAGCUACCAUGAAAACGCAGAAGUCUGUAGUUUCCAUUGUACAUGACAACAAUGCUAUGAUUUGCCGUUUAAAGAAAUAUGCUUGGCACCUGAAAAGUUUGACGUGAUUGUUUUAUUGAGAUGUUUUAACAGUGUAGAAAUUCUUAUUAUAGUACCGGUAUAUUUAUAUAAUAUACAUGUACUUUUAUCAGGGAUCAAGUAAUUUAAGCAAAAAUGUGAAACAAACAAAUACAUUGUCUAUGGGACAUUAUGCAAACAUUUCAAAAUUGAUAUCACAAAAAAAUCUGUGUAGACAUAUUGGUCUGCUUUCUUGUAGUACUAUGCAGUGAUUUGUGAUAACAAACGGUUUAUUGUAGAACACGAGUUUCACUCACGAUCACAAAGUAGUCUAAGUAGAUUGAAAAGUGUUAAGGAUACGUGACAAAUUACUAGUAUUUGCCCAAUUUAUGUGCAGCCUUGUGUUUUAUACCUGCGACCAUUUUUUUGUGCUUAAGCUUAUUUCGCGACCGGCGCUUUCCACUAAUCUUUGUAGCCGCUCAAUCGUAUGUCAUCAUAAAACCGCGAACUAUAGAGUUCGCAAACGUUUCUAAGUUUACAGUAAAUACAGUUUGUAAAGUAUGUAAAAUUCUUUCACUUCAUAAAAUGAUUUAAGAAAUUCUAGUAGAUGGACUUAACAUGUGAACAACAUUGCCUUUCCCUUUAAUCUAAGGAGCUGACACAAAUUUAAGCUGUUUAACCUUUAAUCUGCAAGAAUGACCUUGACCUUGGACCUAGAGUUUGCAUUCUGCAUAUUGGCUUUGAUGAGGUAAAACAUUGACAAUAGUAUUAUGAAAAUCUUCCAGGCCAUUUAGACGAUAUGAAGCAUGCAUAAAUUGAGCCGUGCCAUGAGAAAACCAACAUAGUGGGUUUGCGACCAGCAUGGAUCCAGACCAGCCUGCGCAUCCGCGCAGUCUGGCCAGGCUCCAUGCUGUUCACUUUUAAAGCCUAUUGGAAUUGGAGAAACUGUUAGCGAACAGCAUGGAUCCUGACCAGACUGCGCGGAUGCGCAGGCUGGUCUGGAUCCAUGCUGGUCGCACACCCACUAUGUUGGUUUUCUCAUGGCACGGCUCAAUUAUAGAUAGAGAUAGAGAACCCAUACCUUUUGUAUUUGGGGAUGUAAUUAUUUCACUAAUUUUAUCCAUACAAUUCAUCUUUGUUGUCUCAUGUUUAGGUAAAAGACAGCUCAGUUAUCACAGAAAGACUUUAAUAUCCCAAGUGUUUCAUUAUUUUUGAAUAAGCAUUUAUCAUUGUUACAAUAGAUGUACUUUAAACUGCUAGUCUGCCAUGUGCCAUAUUUUAAAUAAAUAAACAGAGUAUUAUUA